UCAGCCCUCACAGCCACUCUAAGCAAUGCCAAGUGAGAAUAACUGUGUGAAACUAAGAAGUGAUUGCUCCAGGCCUUCCCUGCAAUGGUACACCCCAGCUCGAAACAAGAUGAAAAGACCCAGCUUUUUGUUAAAAAAGUUAUUCAAAUAUUUAUUGCCUAUGUUUGUAUUGUGGAUCAUUUAUACUCUCACGUUAAAUUAUCCUACUGAAGAAUGUGACAUGAAAAAAGCGCAUUAUGUGGACCCUGACCGCGUGAAGAGAGCUCAGAAAUAUGCUCAACAAGUUUUGCAAAAGGACUGUCGGCCCAAGUUUGCGAAAACAUCAAUGGCACGGUUGUUUGAGCACAGGUAUAGCCCGGACUUACAGCCUUUUGUGCAGAAGGCCCCCAAAGCAAGUGAAGCUAAGGACAAGUAUGAUCCUCCUUUUGGAUUCCGGAAGUUGUCCAGUGAAGUUCAGUCCCUUUUGGAAUUGUUGCCUGAGCGUGACUUUCCAGAACACUUGAAAGCCAAGAGCUGUCGGCGUUGUGUGGUUAUUGGCAGCGGUGGGAUACUACACGGACUAGAACUGGGCUAUGCCCUGAACCGGUUCGAUGUUGUGAUCAGGUUAAAUAAUGCACCUGUUGAGGGAUAUUCGGAGGAUGUUGGAAAUAAAACUACUAUAAGGAUGACCUACCCAGAGGGUGCACCACUGUCUGACCUGGAAUAUUAUUCCAGUGACUUGUUUGUUGCUGUAUUAUUUAAGAGUGUUGACUUCAACUGGCUUCAAGCAAUGUUAAAAAAUGAAACCCUGCCAUUUUGGAUGAGAUUCUUCUUUUGGAAGCAGGUGGCAGAAAAGAUCCCUCUACAGCCAAAACAUUUCAGGAUUUUGAAUCCAGUUAUUAUCAAAGAAACCGCCUUUGACAUCCUUCAGUACUCAGAGCCUCAGGCAAGGUUCUGGGGUCAAGAUCAGAAUGUCCCCACUAUUGGUGCCAUUGCUGUGGUCUUAGCCACACAUCUGUGUGAUGAAGUCAGCUUGGUAGGUUUUGGAUAUAAUCUCAGUCAACGCAGAACUCCUUUGCACUACUUUGACAAUCAGUGCAUGGGUGCCAUGACCUUGCAGACCAUGCAUAAUGUGACAACUGAGACCGAAUUCCUCUUAAAGCUGGUCAGAGAGGGAGUGGUGACAGACCUCAGUGGAGGCAUCUAUUGGGAAUUUUGAACACAGAAAACCUCACUUGGAAAUGGAACUCUGACCCCGAGGGCUGUUGUUAAUGGCCUUCUUGAUGCACUUCAUCCUCCAAAUAUUUGAAGUGCAGCUGGUUAUUGUUUUUAACUUUUAAUUUAAAAACAAAAAUUGUUUUGUUCUUCCUACUUUUUUUCCUAUUUAUUUGAGGUUAUUGUUUUUGCACAAUAUUUUGUAAGUUAAUUUUAAAAAUUGAAUUGGAAAGACUUCUCAAAGAGAGUUGUAUGUAAUGAUGUUCUAUUGAAUUUUAAGAAAGUAAUUUGAUUUGUAAAAACUCUAUCCAUGUAUACUGCACAUCAAAUACCAGGUAAUUAAUUGGAAGGAGAAGAGAGGUCACUCCUUUGAGGAUGGCCCUAAAUGCCUGAUUCUGGUUCCCUGCUGCACUGCUGGGUGGACCGAGGGAGGAGGCAUUUCUAGGAUGACAUGCUUGGUAGCUAAACUGCUGACACUGGGUCAGCAACACCAGCCCCUGAGGCCCGGGCAGGUCAGAGGAGUGCCUAGUCCUUCUUUGUUGGUCUGCUCUCUGCAGGGAGACUUGUAAGAAUCCACCAGGGGAGCCGUUGUGGGGACCCCUGUCGCGGGUGGGACACAGAAGAUACUUUGUGUCCUCUGACUACUGUGAAGCCACCCUGAGCUGCAGAAGCCACAGUCUUCCCAGCAAUUAUGACAACUCCUGAAUUUCAGGAGACUUUUUUACUGUUCUUCCAAAGCACUUAAGUUUUACCUAACGUGUUCCAAUGUCUUUGUCUAAAGUGGCUUAUAAAAAUUAAGACAAAACCUCUGAUCCAGAGUCAAGGGGGAAUCCACUCUUUCCAGGAAUAUCAUGUUUUCUGAAACACUGACGUGAAAUCCUCCCAGUGUUAUAAAUUGCCUAAGGGUUUUGAAUGCCUACCUGGCAAUGUGAGGGUUGAAAAGGAAACAAAAAAUAAAAGCUUUUGAGGAGCUCUCAUAAUCUA